AUGUGCAUCCUUCGAAUGCCCAACUUGUGCGUUAAAUAUCUCCGAUGGCAUUCUUAUGCUACCGUAAUCCUAACCACCGUCUAUGUCCUCUAUUUGAUUCUGAAUACCAUUGUCGCGGAAAACCUCACUUUGGCUGUUAUCCUUUUUGGAUCGAUUCUCGUCGGUGGGAUGAUUUCCUAUGGAUUUCAUCAAUUGGUUUUGAUCAUCAUGAAGUGCAUCAGCGUGAGCACUGUCAAACAAGCUAAAGUUAUUGUGUAUAUCGCUCUAAUCAAUAGCGCAAUCUCUGGUUAUGCACCGAGGGUGAUUGUUUGUUUCGUUGGGUGGGAUUUCAAUAAAAUGCUCUUCACUGUCUUCGGAUCUCUUUACCUAUCUGUCUUUUCAAAAUUCCAAUACUUCUCCUCAGUAGAUUACAAGGUUAAGUAUAUCUCAAGACCACGAUCCAUAAGCAUUCUCUUCGGAAUCCACGUGGUUCUCCUUAUCGCUUCUCUUAAAAUCGGCAUGUUACAUCACGACGUCUGGGAUACUGUAGCUAUAUGUGCUGUUCAAAUUCUGUUCACCCCACUGUGCCUACUUUCUACUGUGGAUCUGAUGAUGGUUGUGUUGGGAGCUGAAGAGGUUAGAUUCUUUCCUAACUCGAGAAAUUCGGUCCAACCAGCCAGCGGAGAAAAUAUUCAAGUCGUGGAGAGAUCCAGUAUCAAUUGUCGGAUAUGUCGGUUGGAGUUCACAUCUGAAAGAUGUCCCCGAAUGUUUCGUGAGUGCGGUCACAGUGUUUGUAAUACCUGUGCAAUUCGGUUUGUGGCCAAGCACUAUGGUCGGUAUGCAGAAUGCCCGUUUUGUCAUUGGAUUACUGUAGUUAGAGGAUCGAUAGAAAACAUGCCCAAAAACUACAUGCUGAUGGAUCUUGUGGACGAAGUGAAGCAGAAAUUUUAA